AAGAAAAUUAGAGCAGGAAAAAAAUGGCGCACACAUUUUCUGCCUAGCAAUAGCAGCAGCCGCUACCGGCCCACCGCCGUUAAUCCAUUUUCCGUUUAUUCUAUUCUGUUAACCUUCAGCUCUUCCGAACUCUUCUAAAUCAUUUAAACGGUGAAAGGAUGGGUGAAGUAAUUCUAGGAAUGCCAGGGCCUUGGGCUGAUGAUAAUUUUGAAGCAGCUGAUCAUUACACUAGUAAAAUUGGGGGACUUCCUGAUUGGCCUUGUCUUGAAUCUUUUAUACAACCUGAUCUUCUUAAGUGUGAUUCCUGUGGAGGCAAUCUUAGUCUUGUGGCUCAGAUUUAUGCUCCUGUUUCCAACAAGAUAUUAAGUGUAGAAGAGCGUGUAAUUUAUAUAUUUUCUUGUGUAGCACCAACUUGCAAGAACAUGAGUUGGCGCGCUCUCCGUCUUCAAAGAUCUUUCAAUGAUAAAAAGCCAGAGCCUAUAAGCCAAGAUUCUAUUGUAUCACCUCUAACCACUGAGUUGCUGGAUGACCUGUGGUCAUUUGACUUGGAUGAUGAAGAUGAUGACAUAAAUCUAGAUGAUUUAGGUAAGGCACUUACUGAAGCCACAACUUUGGCCUCUGCUUCUAAAGAUAAAAAGCAGACCACUAGCUUAGAUGCUGUUGACAGAUGCUCACCUAUAAGCCUAAGAAAUAGACCAGCUGAUGACAAAGCGACAGUAUUACCAUGCUUUUAUUUAUAUAGUCAAGAGGAGAAGUAUUCAAAGGAUGUUGCCUCUGUCUCUACAAGCAUCUCUUCUCUUCAUAUAAAAGAGAACCAAAGUGAUGGUGAUGAGCAUGCACCCGAGGAAGCAUGGGAAGGGGAAAGUUAUGAAUAUGACAAAGCUCUCAAUGCUGACAGAACCUAUCUUAAGUUCAAGAAACGAUUGGAUGUAUACCCAGAGCAAUGUUUCAGAUAUUCAUAUGGUGGGAAGCCACUUUUGGCCACAACAAAAGCUGGAGAUCCUGGAAGAUGCAUGUUGUGUGGUGAAUCAAGGCAAUAUGAAUUGCAGCUAAUGCCUCCGGUGUUAUAUUAUCUUCAGGAAGCAACAAAGACCUAUUCCCUGGAAAACUGGGACUGGAUGAGUGUAAUCGUAUAUACUUGUUCCAAGGGAUGUGCCCCCUCCUCGAAGCAGGGAAGUGAUGGCUGGGCUGUCGCUGAUGAAGGCAUUGUGGUACAAACCGAAUAGAGUAUAAGUUAAGACGCAUACAAUCAGUCUACUCUGCUUAGAAGCAAUUGGUGAUGGCAAUGUCCUCCACUUUUUUCAUUAGAUUGUAAUGCCAAACUGUAUUUUGCAAUUUUGAUAUGUUUGUAGACCCAAAUUUCUUAGGGUGCUUAUAUAUAUCUGGAUAUUAGAAGGUAGAAUUGCAUCAGCAAAUUUUAUGAUAUAAUGGUAAAAUCAAUGAGUAUCUUCUUGUCUUUUUAUUUCAA